AUGAUCUUUCUUGCACAAACAGAGGACCGGGACAAGUUUAAAUCGAAGCUGUUGCUGUGCGCGAGGAAGCGAGCACUCCAACAAGAUCGAUGGACGGUGCGAGAGGUCCCGGACUCGAUCUCCGGCAAGGCCCAGCCUCUCGUGCAGUCGCUGGAACAUGAGGACGUGAAAAGCGAGGACCGGGACAAGUUUAAAUCGAAGCUGUUGCUGGUGCGAGAGGUCCCGGACUCGAUCUCCGGCAAGGCCCAGCCUCUCGUGCAGUCGCUGGAACAUGAGGACGUGAAAAGCGGUGAGCGUGGCCUUGUGGUCUAG